AUGUCAAAGAAAUUUCAUUUCAAUCUUCUCUAUUUAACAAUUCUUUUUGGAACAACCAUCGCAAAACACUUUACGACGAUUGAAUUGGAAAAUUUAAAGGAUAAAUCGGUUUUAGUUAAAUUGGAUUUGGUCAAUAUCACAGAGUUCGCUUCUAAAGAAACGAUUUCCGUCAUCUUUUUUUAUAGAACACUAACGGAAAUCGUUUGGAUUGAAUGGUUAGAAAAAGUAUUACCCAUUAUUUCUCCAUAUCAAAUCGGAAUAAUCGACUGCGAUAGCGAUAAAAACUAUAACGCGAAAAAUGGUUGUUUCAAUUUGGGUUUUAAUCCCCCUUCGAUUAGAAUUUACCGAUAUGGAUACACAUUUUCGGAAUACGACCAAGAAAAGAAUGCGAGAAGUUUUGUGAAAUAUCUCAAAAGAAUUAUUCCAAACGAAUUGGUUAGAUUGGAUGAUUCGGAGAAACUUCAACGGUUUUUGAACGAAAAUAAUCAAAGUGUUGUGGUUGGUUUUUUUCGGAAUGAAAGUGUUUUGGAGAAAAUCUUUAUUAACGUAGCUCAAGAACUUCCAGGAGUUAUUUUUGGGUAUUCCUCCGAUGAGAAAGUGUUAAAAUCGAUGAAUCUUUACGAUAAUGUUGCUUUAUUUCGGCCAAAAUAUCUUGAGAAUGGAUACGAAGAAAAUUUUGUUAAUUACACCGAAAAAAGCGAAGAAAAUUUAUUAAAAAAUUUCAUCAAAAUCAAUCAACACGGUUUGGUUGGGAUCAGAAAUUAUUUUAACGUCGAUGAUUUCCCCAAACCUCAAAUUAUAGUUUAUUUCGAUUUAAACAACAAAGACGACUUUAAAAAGAUUCGCGAAUUAACUUUACGAGUCGCCGAAGACUUUAAAAGCAUCACAUUCGCUGUAAGCGAUAAAAAAGAUUUUAUUAACGAUUUAUUAGAAUUUGGGAUUGAAUCAAAACGGAUUUUUUACAGUAAAGUUUUAGUUUUGGGGCAAACUGAAAAAAACUACAAAUAUGUUUUAGACGAAUUCAAAACGGUUCGAGAUCUAAAAGAGUUUGCGAUUGGUUUGGAAAAGAAAAGUCUCCCCCAGUUUAUUAAAAGCCAAGAUUUGAAGCAUUCGGAGCCACAUUCCGAAAGUAGUCGUAUUCAUCUCGCAGUUGGAAGCAAUUUCCUACAACUGGUGAACAAGAUCUCUAAAGAUUUACUCGUCCUUUUAUUUAAUUUCGAUUGUUUUCAAAGUUUGAUAAGCGUGGAUUUUGCGGCGAAAGAAUUUGAAAAGGAAUCGGAUAAAAUUGGAUUUCUUGCUAUGAACGUACACCUAAACGAUGUUCCUCGUCCGUUCUAUUUCAAUCAUUGCCCAACAAUUUUUUUCGCAACUCGGGGAUCUAAAAAUAAACCUCUUUUAUAUGGAGGAUCUCCAGAUUACAAAAAAUUAAUUAGAUUUAUACGAGAAAAUAUUCAUUAAACUUAAAAUAUUUACAUAUUAACUCGCUUUGUACGUGUAUGGGUAAGAAAAGAAGGAGAUAAAUAGAAAAGGACAACUCUUUAAUAAGGGCACUUGCUGGAUAAUUCUUCAACCAUCUCGUAGGGGUGGAAAAACGUUCGUGGAAUUUUAAUCAUAACCCACCCCCCAAUCCCUCGUUGAUCCACGCUUUAGUUUCGCUUCAAAACUACUUUUAAAAGGUCACGCUGCACAUGCGAAAAGGGUGUCAAUGGAAAAGGUAUUUUUUUAUUAGGU